UGAUCCUGACGACAAUAAAGCCCCUGGUGACUACGAUAAAGAAGAAGCUCCCGGUGACCAUGAUAAUUCUAAAGGUCAUCAUCCUAAGAUUUCGUUGAUAAAUAUAUUUGAUGAUCUUGAAGUAUUUCCUGAUGAAUCGAGUAAUGUACUGGCCAAGCUUGAUGGAAACGUUUCUGAAAAGGAUGGGCAAAAAAAGGAGAAUAAGG